AUAGGAGAGCGAGGCGGGCCGCCGCACUGUGCAAAUAACACGUUGUGUACACAUCAAGUUAUGAAGUAAGAGACUCGGCGAGAGUGGUGGUGCUUGUGGAUACUUGUUGUGUAGUGAAGGGCGAGGCGGCGGCGGCGGCAUCAUGGACCACAGGUGCAGGAAGCGUGUGCGGGAGGCCAAGAAGAAGGCCAGACCAGAACUUUGUGUAGAAAAGGGAGUCUGGACAAAACUUGAUUAUAAAAACAACUUUGAUUGUUGUAUUGAUAAAAUAAAGGACACCGCCGAGCGUAUCCACUCAGAUGAGGUUUCUGUAGAAGAGUUUAUAGAACGGUAUGAAAAGCUUUACAAGCCUGUAGUGAUCAGGGGAAUAACAGAGAACUGGAAGGCUCACUACAAGUGGACAUUAGAGAGACUUGCCAAAAAAUAUCGAAAUCAAAAGUUCAAAUGUGGAGAAGACAAUGAGGGAUAUAGUGUAAAAAUGAAGAUGAAGUAUUAUAUAGACUACAUGAAAACAACGGAUGAUGAUAGUCCACUCUACAUUUUUGAUAGUAGUUUUGGUGAACAUGUUCGCCGUAAAAAGCUCCUAGAGGACUACGAAGUGCCCAAAUAUUUUCGAGAUGACUUGUUUAAAUAUACUGGUGAAGACCGUCGGCCUCCCUACAGAUGGUUUGUUAUGGGCCCUUCUCGCUCUGGCACUGGUAUUCAUAUAGAUCCACUUGGAACUAGUGCUUGGAAUUCACUUUUACGUGGUCACAAAAGAUGGUGCUUGUUUCCAACUGAUACCCCUAAAGAAUUGAUUAAGGUAACUUCAGCUGAAGGCGGGAAGCAAGUAGAUGAAGCAAUAACUUGGUUUUCAGUUAUCUAUCCUCGUACUCAACUUCCUUCCUGGCCACAAAAAUACAAACCGUUGGAGUUGGUACAGGGUCCUGGUGAGACGGUAUUUGUGCCAGGAGGUUGGUGGCAUGUUGUAAUCAACCUUGACAGCACCAUUGCCAUCACUCAAAACUUCUGCUCAUGCACAAACUUUCCUGUGGUGUGGCAUAAGACUGUGCGUGGCCGUCCAAAGCUUUCCAAGAAAUGGCUUCGAAUUUUACGGGAAAAAAAACCCGAACUUGCAGUAGUGGCAGACAGUAUUGACACAAGUAAAGGUUCAGGCAUGGCCUCAGAUUCAUCGUCUGACUCAUCAUCUUCAUCCUCUUCAUCUGAUGAUUCUUCUUCGUCAGAAAGCAUGUCAGACAGUGGCCAGGAAAGCUUACCCGAGCAUAAAAAGAAGAGAAGGAAGAAGCACAACUCACCACAGCGAUCUUGAGGAAAGAGCUAAAUGCUUGAGAGAUUGAUGCUUCACAUUACACCUCUCCCAAGAUUGUGAAGCAAAUGAAGCAUCAAAUCUUAUGGAUUAGUAACACUUUAAGACUCAUAUUGUUCGCAUGCUGUUAGGUCAUCCAGAGGCCUUCAGUCAUUGUCUAUUAGCUUAUGCAGAAAUAUGAGUGCAAUUCAUUCAUAUAAUUAUUGAUGGGCAUUAACAGUAUUAAUGCAUAUGUUUUAGGGAAUCAAGGCAGCAUUGUACUCUUUCUGAUUCCCGUGUCAAACUGCACUUAUUCGUAAUGAGGAACUGUAUGAAAUUAUUGUUACUUUAAGGAACUAUAAGUACUGUACUGUAAUAUUAGGUGAUGUUCAAGUAUUUGUUAUUACUCUAAAUACCACAUAGUUUUCAUUCAAAGAUAUGUGUGUGGGAGUAAAAUAUUAAUCCAGCUUUUCCAUGUCUUUCUGUUUGAUGUUGUCUCUCAGGUUGGCUGUCAUGAAAUUAAUGUCACGUCAUAAGUUUUAAGUUUAAGGAGAAAUUUGUUGUGUAAUCCUCUAGUAAAGGAGUGUUUCCAUCAGUUUUAUCUCAAGCAGGCUGGUGGUACUAUAUUUGUCACUUAUCUUCCCCAAAUGCCUCCCAAGGUCAAGGUUUCACUUUUAGUGCACUCGUGUCGCAUUUCUUUAAUAUUUUGCUGAAGAAGUGUAAAUGAAAUCUUACGUCAGUUAACAGGAACAUGUGGAAGACUGAGCCUGCUGGAAUAUUAAUAUGUGGGAGACUGGGCCUGCUGGCAUAUUAACAAUACAUGUAGGAGACUUAGCCUAAACAUGCUAGAAACCAUUUAUACCCAAUUCAAUUCAUUUUUAAUGUUGUGUAUUCCAUGAGUACUGAAGAUAUGAUAACAUGUCUACCGUGGUUAGUGCUUGUUUGCAGUUAAGACCUCUUGGCCAGCCCCUCUGUCCACUUCUUUCAUGGUUCUUAAUAACAAAUUCCAGAAACAAGUGUCUUUAUCUGAUGUUUCCCUGUUAUAUUUAAGAGGGAAACUUAUUUAAGAUUUUGUUUUAACAUUAAAAUGUAACUAUUUAAAAUGUUAACUGAGGGAAUAAGUUAUCAAACAUUGCCUUUAAAGAUAUAUUAUUACAGUAAAUUUGUUUGAACUGCAAGAUAUAUUGUGGCUGAUAUCUCUGCUUAAGUAUAUUAUUAAUUUUGUACUUCUUAUGCCUCGGCAUUCGGAUGUAAGUUAACUGGUAGUAGAGUUACAAGGAUGGAAUACUGGCCUUGAUCACAUUCAAGGUGCUUCUGAAUGGUGCCCUCUAGUUUAAACGCAGCAAUGUACUGUAUGUGUAAUGUAUAUUUCCGUGAUAUGAUGGAGAAUUGUAUUUAGAGCAGGAAUGUUGAUGUAGCAUUCAUUCUCAAAACAUGAACACUAGUUAUUUUUUUUAAAUAAUGGAGUAAUAUUUCAUUUUCAAAAUUAGAUGCAAUUAGGCAAAUAUGUUUUGAGUGGAGUGUGAAAAUUAGUUAAAUAGUUGCAGUAAAAAUUCAGGGAUUAUAGUAAGCAUUUUCAUGAUGGGAGCCUCUCCCUGCCUCUACCCUAAUAUUGUUCAUCACAAGAUGAGGUGCAAGAAUAGUCACUCAAUUGUGUAACCAAAAUACAUUUUUGUUACUUUGCUGUAUUACAAAGUGAUGAGGUUGGUGUGUGAACGGUGCGUGUGCACUCUUCCAUUCAUGUCUUUCCAUCCGUCCACGACUUCCAUAUUGAUGCGUUAAGUGUUUGUGACGAGGCCCAACACAAGCUGUAUGUAUGGACAUAUAGAAUGUAUGAUCAGGGAGUGUUUUGUGAAGAUGGUCUAUAAUAUGACAGUGUCUGUAAAAGUUAAGAUGGAGACACCAGAAAGAAAAGGAUAGGUUUUGAAAGAAAGGUGUUGGCAAGAUAUGGGUAUUGACCUUAAUAUUGGUCAUUAAGAAUGGAAGCAUUACAUAAGAGUUAGUAGAGAUGUAGUCCUUACCUGGCAGGUCAGCAUGUGUGAACACUGAACAAUAAUUACUGCUCUACACACUGCAAGAUCAACUCUCAAAAGAAAAUCAUCAAGCCACUAUGGCUAUAUAUUAGAGUUUAUCUGUUAAAGACUAUUGAUUAAGGAUAAUAGCUUUCUCAAACUGAUUUUGUAUGUUAUUUGAUUUAUAGCUACUAUGAUUUGUCUUAAAAAGAAGUGUUUGGAAAUAAAUGGUCAAGUUAUUUUGAAAACUGGGGUAUUCUACUUUGAGAUGCAUGACUGCAAAUAGAACAAUGUAAUUUGGACAGUAAGGGAAAAAGUUUCUUUAUAAUCAAAAUAACAUUGACUUUCUCAUCUUUAACAAGUUAAGACAGUAAAAUUUUGUUAGGGUUCAUUCAUAGUGGUGUUGCCUCUGUCGACUUGCAUUUUCCACUACAAAGGAAACAGUUCGUGCUUUUUCCGCUUCCUAUAAAUAAAUUACUUAUUCGGCGUUCUACCCGUCAUUCGUAACGACAUCCAAAACCAUUUGAGAAAUAGAUGGUUAGCUGAUAUAAAUAAAUGAUAUACAGGUACUGUACCAUCAAAUGUGACCUAUCGCAGAUGUCUCCUUGCUACUAAAAUCAGAGUUUUUAAAUGUUUUUAAGUUAUGUAACUUAGAAAAAUUUAAUUCUUAUUGCCUGUCAGAAUUGCAUUGUCCUACUAACAGUUGUGCACUUUCUCAUAGAAUGUUUUGAUUUUCAGAAUGAUUAGAAAUUUUACUUUGCUUUUGUUCCUCAGAGUCAUGUCCCUCGAUAUAAUCCUUGUUGAAUCUAAUAUCUUUGACAACUCUCGUCUUGUCAUUUUGGUCUCAUAUUGACACCUUGAAUGAUGUUUAGAAACUUACAAAUAUUCUGCAACACACGGUACUAGGUGAGUACACGGUGCUAGAUAAUUGCUUGCUUUUCCAUCAUGUGUUGACAAGUUAUUUAUAUAUAGCUUGUGUGUAAUUAGGCUUAUGUAGAUUUCCAUUUUCUGUUUGGUUAUAUCGAACAAGAAAGGCCACAGGAAUAAAUAACUUUCGAUGUUGGAUAGUUAAUUAUUGGGGGUAGCUAUCCUUGGUUGUUUACAUAAAACAUUAGCAAUUAUUUGGUAAAGAUCUGUAUGUGGGAUGCUAGUUCACUUGAGGCAACACCUUUAUGACUGCGUACCCAGCAAAGAUGUACUUUAUAUAUAUAUAUCUCCUAAACAGUGAGAUAUACAACCAAUGAUAAAAUUUCAUUGUGCUGGGGAGGAUGCUUUUUUACAAUUAAUGUUAAAUUACAAAGCAGCAUAAGUAGGAUUAUAGGCUGCACAUAUUUCUUUGUAUUCUGGGGGUUAUGUAACAUAACAAAAUGUAAAAUAAUGUUUGUAGGCUUAUUUUUAUGCAAGUUUAUUUUGUGCUAAAUAUUUGUUUCAAUAUAUCCUAAUUACUGCCUUAGCGUCAUUCUCUUUACAUCUCUACAAAAUUUAUGAGAUUGUUCAUAAUUAUAUUGCAACACCUGUAUUUUUUGUUUGUAUUCAUGCAAGUGCAGUAAAUACAAAUAAUUAGAGUAUUUAGAAAGUAAUUAAUGCAAUGAUAUGAGUAUUUAGAAAGUAACUUGAGGGCUUUAGGGCCCCUCAAAGAGUAACUUUGAGGGCCCACUGUAUGCCUUUAUUCCAGAUAUGUUCCCUUGUUCUCCCUCUCAUGUCAUUCCAAAGUUCAGGAAUUGGUUCCAAAUUUAUAAAAAGAAUAUUGGUUAUAAAGCCUGUAAAUUAAACAUACUAUCAGUUCGUAGCAAGAGAGAGAGAUCCGCUUAUCUGUAUUGUCAUAGAAAUGAACACAUCUUGCAUUAAUCAGUCCUUCUAAUAAAAGACGUUUCUUAUAGUAUUAGAAUAUACGAAUAUUGACAUUUAUAAUAAUUACCAGUUCAUUUAAGUAAUGUGUAUAAUUUGUUCAUGGAAUCGAUUAUUGCACAUGGAAUUUUUUUAUUGCACAUUAUUUUUUCAUGGAAUAAAUUAUUGUGAGUAAAGACAAAUUUACUCACAUGGUUACUGCUCAUUAAUAAUCAAAAUGUCAUUGAAAUUAAAUUAUCAAAACUGAUAACAUCAUACAUAAUAUAAUUUGGCUUUAAUGGUUUUAAUUAGUUAUUUUGUAUUAUUGUUAAGAAAUUUUAUCAGACUUAACAUUUUUGGCGGUCACCACCUCUAUUGCUGGUACUAGUACAGUAUCAAGAAAAAUUGUCAAAUCCUAAUCAACUCAUGUAAGCUUCAACCCUAAAUUAAAACAAAAUUAUUCCCAGUAUCCUAUCUUAUUGAUCAAAAUCUGUUAUAAAGUGCGGCACAUCUAUGGUACUUGCAUAUGACCAUAGCUGUGCUAGCACAGACUUUUUCUUCACAAAGAUAAGGUGAGCCAUUAAUACGAAUGACUAAGAGUGCGAGGAACCGCACUUGGUUGCUGUAGACGGGGUUUUACAAAUUAUUAGUAAUAAACAUUUGGCCCCGUGGGACUUGGUGAGGAGGUAAGCUUGUGUAUCCAGAUAUACCGAGUGUGUCCGAUAAUGUAUCCCGGUGGCAUCAAUAAUAGUAAACCAGUUUGUUAAAACAUGUUCUUCAUUCCUAUUACAGUUUGUGUACAAGAAAAUACUGUAUUUACAAGCAAUAAUACAAUAAUUUGUCAAAAAUAAUGUCCAAAAAGCAUUAUCAUUAAAAUAUGCACAAUGCACAUUUAUGCCAUAGAUAUAAAAUGGACUUGAAAUGAAGAAAACUAUAUAUAUAUAUAUCUAUUGUUGACAUUUUCUAAUUAAAAAACAGCUUGAAUAUACAAUACAAUUUUGCUGAAAAUAGCAUUUAAUGUGAAAGUUCCACAGGUGCAGUGUUCUGUUCAAAUGAUGUUAUAUUAUACGUAAUUACAUCUUGUAAUGGCGUGCUAAAUGAUCUCGAGGAACUUCUGAAUACUGUCUAGUGCAGGCUAUGCUAUAUAGCCAUCUUGGCUUAGUGUUUUCUUUUGAAAAUGCUCAAGCAGCAUUUUUUUGUGGCAUAUACACCAGUUCUCAGUUGGUUAACCUGAGCUGUUUAUAUAUUGAUGGAUUAGGGAAAGUCGGCUGAGGCCACGAGUACAACAACUACAGUACUUUACUACCACAACUCACCAGCCUGACAUCUCUCGUAUAAUAUUAUACUAUAUACAGUAUACAAAAUAACACUAAUUAGUACAUUUCAUCUUGUAAAGUAUUAAUUUUUUAGGUUUCUGUUUAUGAUCAUUGUGGAUGGUGUGAGUCAAAUUAGGCACCAGUGGAUGUGGAGAGGAAAUGAGUGGCGAGUGCAUGGAAACGUUGUCGCCCUUGGCUAGGUUAGCCUCGACAAGCCAGCCAAUUGAGGAUUUCCUGUCCCCCAGCAAGGACAAUUUUUUGUUUUUAAUUAUUGAUACGCUAUAUCCAUGGCGUAUAUUAUUUUCUCAGAAUAAUGUAGUAAUGUAUGUAUCUUUUUAUUAUAUAGCAUCAGUGGUGUUGACAAUCACAAGAGUAAUGAGGUUAAAGGCCACAGAUAAUGUGCUGUUUAAAAGUAAACCGAUGAGAUUUUCAUUUUCUUCACCCUACACGUUUUCCAACAGUAUGUCAGUUUAGAGCCAUAUUGUAAUUCUUGUAUUUUGAUUUAUAAUGUGUAUUAUUGAGAAAUAACUGAUAAAUUUUGCUAAUGGAAAUUGAUGCAUAUGGUAAUAAAUAUCCAAUAAAGUAUUAUGAGAAUUGUAGAUUCUCUCAAGUGACUUGUAACAAAUAAUGUGUAGGGUAUCGUAGCAUGUUGAAAACAUUGCUACUUUUCCUUCCAGAAAGUACAGGCAGCAUCUUAAUGGCAAAAUAUGUAUUUUAAAGCACAAGGAUACAAAUGUAUUAGUAUAUGUUGUAAUACUAAUAAUGAAAAAGAAAUCUCAUGUUUGUCGUCACAUUUAUUUCCAUUAUCCAAUUCAUUUAAAACAUUAUAAUUUUGUUAAAGACUGCCUGCCUGCCUAUUUUUUUUUUUUUUUUAUCAUUAUUCUGUGACCUCAAAAACUGAUAUUGUAACAGUAUGGAGAGUUUCCAAUGUAUUCCUAAACCCCUUUUUCACCAACGAAUUGUGCUCGGUUAAUAUAGUUUUUAUUGAAAGUAGGCUUAAGGCUGUAACCCAGCAAAGUACAGUACUAUGAAUUAAAGUAUUAUAAUUAAGAUUUAAGAGUGGACAGUGAAUAAAAAAUGGAUUAGUUUGUAGAUGUCAGAUGAGAAUUGUUUACUGCAUAUGAAUGCAUAAGUACAGUACAGCAAAUUGUCAUGCUUGCAGUAAUGAGCUGAUCUGCAGUUAUUUUACAUGUUGAAAUAACACUGUGAUUAUUAGGUUAGAUUGCAAAAAUAUUUGUACCGGCAUAUUGGAAGAAUUUUGUGCACCAUGGAUUUGAUACGCCUAUUUAUGAGUACAGUACAGUACUCACAAAUACAUAUUUACUGUAAGUUAUUCACAUACUGGAGGUCAGUCAUAAUUUAUUUCAGGUGUUCUCUCUGGUGGAUGUUCUCGGUAGAAUUAUGUAAUUAAAUAAUUACUGCUACUAAUAACACACAACUUCAAUAUCCUCAGAGCCAGAUAGCAUUUUGUACUUUUUGCAUGUAAUUGGAAAAUUAAUAAAGAUGAUUUAAAACAUCUUAUUUUAUCCUGCUUAGAAAAAUAUUAAUAAUAAUAGUAUUGUUAAUUUCUUUCCUGUCAUGUAGCUUUUGAGUCUUGUCUGAUGUGAUGUUGACAUGUUAUAUUUUUGUAUCAUAUCUUGAAUUAAAGUAUGAAAGCCCUUUAACUGGGAACAUUGUGAUGAAAGUAUAAAACAGAGUGGCACAUCAAGGCAAUUGGUUA